GCCAAAGUCAGAGAUUAGGUGCCCAAGGCCACUUGACGGACAUUACGCCAGAGUCAGAAGAGUAUGCAGUGGACGUUUUUGUUUACAAUUUACUCUUGAAGUUACCCCGAUCAGGCAUGACAGAAGCGCCCUCCACUGCUCACGAGUUCCCCAGAGCAACUAAUGUCGAUAUUGGGUCGGACACUGACAGACUGCCCAGGCUGCUUAAACAUUGAGACAGUAACGGCCUUGGGAGACCAUAAAGCUGACACUCGCCGCGUACCCCAAAUGCAACAUCGGAGGAAACGUGAACAACGUUUCUAACUUUCAACAUCUCUACGUUUCUCCUUGCUGGUGUGCAACUGCGGUUCUAGAUGCUCGACCACGUCGGCAAAACUCCUGAAGCCUUGAGAGAGCUCAACGAAAUCAUUUGCAGAUGCACGGUCGUGGAAACGGACGAUUCAGAGGCUCUGUCCCGCGAUGGUGUGCCUGCUUCGCCUCCCUCAUCCGAACUGGAGACUGACAGUGACCGGAGGCGAAGUCCGACGCCUUGCUCGCCGGAAAGCGAAUCCGAUGGAGUGUUCGACGACUCUGCGUCAACGACGCCUCCAAAAGAACCUCUUGACCCGACACGGCUCUCGGUUUCUCUGCAACAACGCGUCGAUCUUUUGAUGAACGCGACGCUGACAGCACUGGACUGGGUCCCGAAGCUGCCAAGAGAAGGUCAACUAGACUCUGUGAAGUUCACCUCCUCUAUCUUCACUGCCCUAGCGCACCAGUCUCUAGAGAACCUGCACGAACACCACAGCAGACGAAUAUCAGGGGAAAGUUUUCGGCAAAAGCGUAGAGUUCUCAGCAGACGACUGUCGCGCGCGAAACCUAGGAAAGUGCACGCAGGAGACGGCGCCCACGGGGAAACGGAUUCCUUCGAGGCGCCGGGUGUAAGAGAGGAAUUUCUAGAAGAGUCUGGGUAUGAUAGCAGCGAGUCAGAAGAUGAAGGGAUACGACAGAACAUGGCGCAAGACAAUGAACGAAGCGGUCGCAUGAGCUUUGCAGGGAGUCUCAUUUCUCUAGGUCGCAAACUGCUUUCGCUUCAGCGAAACUGCGGUAUGCACGAGGCUGAACAACGAACUCUGGACCUCCUCAUACAGUUUUCGAACUUGAAGUUUGGCGAAGCUUCUCCUCAACACCUCGCGUUUCUUCUCGAGAAAAGCGAAUUCGAAUCCUCUGAAGGAAACGUCGAAAUCGCCCUGGCUACUGCACAGUAUGUUCUGGAGGUCCUAAAAGAUCGGCGUCUGUUCCUAACUCCCAGAUUACCUUCCGUCUACGAAUUUCCACUGGUUGAACCUUGA